ACCGGUAAAAUAUAGCUGGAACAAACUGAUUCGCUUAGUGUAAUUUUAAGUGUCCAGCAAUUAUUAUAUAAGUGACAAAAUUCAAAGAGAAUCAACACGCAUCAAUAUAAAAACUCGUUGCUUCGUCUUUGACGUAAAGCUUUACAUCCACGAUGAACUGCGUGUGGAUGAUACUGUUAUGCGCCUGUUUUGUGACAGUGCAAAGCGAUAAAUUCCCUGGGAGUAUCAAGCGAUGUCAUUUGAAAGAUUCAAAUCUGGACGAUUGUUUAACAGAAGGGAUCCAGAAAACCUAUGAACUCCUAGGCAAAGGACCCAUAAAUGCUAUCAGUCUUGUGGGGAUAGAGCCUAUUCUUAUCGAUAAGGUAGUGAUUGGAGCCGGAACAUCGGCAGUGCAUUUGGAUCAACACUAUGAGAACGUCAAGCUUCAUGGCUUCUCAAAAUCGAAGGUGUCCAAGGUCCAUAUGGACUGGGCUAAGAAGACGUUGGAGUACGAAACCCUCAGCCCUCUAGUAACGCAGAAGGCGGAUUAUGAUCUCAACGGCAAAAUAAUGGUGUUUCCAGUAUACGGAAAGGGAGAAUCAACGAUCAAAUUAAGUGACGUCACUAUGGAGCACGCAGUAAAGUUCAAGGAAGAAACUAAGGGCGGCAAGAAAUAUCUCAUCGUAGACAGCUAUACAUUAAAAAUAAACAUCAACGGAGCUCACUACGAUUUCCAGAACCUCUUUGAUGGCGACAAAUUGCUCGCCGACAACAUAUUGACGGUCAUUAAUGAGAACUGGAAGGAGGUCUUUGACGAUGUCAGAAGUGGGAUAGAGGGAGCCUACAGUGAAGUAUGCAAGCACAUCGCCAACGGACUGUUCACACACAUUCCUUACAAUGAAAUAUUUUUGGAGUAGAUUUUUAUGUACGUAUGGAGUAUUCAUUCGAUAGUAAAGUGAUAUGUGCUACAAGUCCGAUUUUCAUUUAGUUCCUGCUUCACACCUUCACUACGUUGAUUUCGGG